UGGGAAUUAAACCAGUGACCUUUGGGUGUAAAGGCAGUAAAGCUAAGCACUGUGCUACAAGCUAUCCAGUUACUUAUUAAAGGUGUGCAGCGUAAAGAGACAAGCGGACGGCGCGGCGAUACGCGCUUCCGUGGAUUGUCACGAGUCUUUAAACUAAAUACGAGCGCGUUGAAAGAUCGACACGAAAUUUCUGUGCGAGAAGAGUACACUGCCAUGACAGCGAAUUAUCCGUUGGGCAUGGCAAAACCAGGGCAGCGGUAAAAGUCACAGUUACGUGGGCACGUCGUUUUACUUUGGCCGUAAGGGUGCAGCAAAAAUGUGUGUAUUUUUACGCUCAUCUGAUGUAGAGAACAGAGCGAGAGCCGGUUGUGCUCCUUUCAUCUGCAGGGCUGUGGCUCAAGGGGUGACUCCGGAGAGACUGGCAACUGUCCCCAGGUACGAGCCUCUCUCGAUGUACUGCUGCCCCUACUGCCCCCUACAGGGUCUCCGCGACACGGCCUUGGUGCAGCACUGCCUGGGGUCUCAUCCCACGGCACGGUCUCCGGCGGUGUGUCCCAUCUGCGCCGCCACGUCCUGGGGGGAUGCGAGCUACCGCAGCGGGAACUUCAUCGGGCACCUGCGGUUGAGGCAUCGGUUCAGCUACAACAACUACAUGGACAUGAAUGAGGACGAGGACGUCCAGGUCAACCGUGCCCUCCAGGAGUCCAGAUGCCCUGACGUCGCUGUAUUAACACCUUCCCCAUAAUUAUCUGUAUAAAACCAUCUAUUUCCAUGUCUCAGUGUUGCCAUUUACUCAAAAAUUCCAGUGUCUUGCAGCAGUGGGUAGAUCAGAGGUGACAGCCUUCGCCUUGCGGUAGGAAGGUUCGAAUCCCACUUCCCGCUGCAGAGUCCCUGAUCGCGGUACUCACCCUGAAUUGACACAGCUCAUUACCCUACUGCUGUAUAAAUGGUAAACCAGCGCAGCUCAGUGUACAAACCCCACAACGUAAGAUGACAUGUACAAAAAAGUCAGCUGAACAGAUAGAAAAAUAAUGAUCUUAUUAUUAUGGAAUUACAUGCAAUUAUAUUAA